GUGUUGUCAUAGCGACCAUUUUACGUUAACUGGUUUGUAGUGUCUAGCCCGGGGGCCUGGCGACUGCCGAGCCGUGCUGCCCGCAUUCUCGGUCGGUUUCCUGCGGCCGAAAGGUCCGAGCGGCCGGGGGGAAUCUGGCCUAGACAUCCGUGUCGCCUGGUGCGGGCGGGAUGGCUGCGGAAGAAGAGGACGAGGUGGAAUGGGUGGUGGAGAGCAUCGCUGGGUUCCUGCGGGGCCCGGAUUGGUCCAUCCCCAUCUUGGACUUUGUGGAGCAGAAAUGCGAAGUUUUCGAUGAUGAAGAAGAAAGCAAAUUGACCUAUACAGAAAUUCAUCAAGAGUACAAAGAGCUAGUUGAAAAGCUGUUAGAAAGUUACCUCAAAGAAAUUGGAAUUAAUGAAGAUCAGUUUCAAGAAGCAUGCACCUCUCCCCUGGCAAAGACACGUACAUCACAGGCCAUUUUGCAGCCCGUGCUGGCAGCAGAGGACUUUACUAUCUUUAAAGCAAUGAUGGUCCAGAAGAACAUUGAGAUGCAGCUUCAAGCCAUCCGGAUAAUCCAGGAGAGGAAUGGUGUGUUACCUGACUGCUUAACUGAUGGUGCCGAUGUAGUCAGUGACCUUGAACAGGAAGAGAUGAAAAUCCUGAGGGAAGUCCUCAGAAAAUCAAAAGAAGAAUAUGACCAGGAGGAAGAAAGGAAACGGAAAAAGCAGUCAUCAGAGGCUAAAAUGGAAGAACCGCCAGUGUAUACUAGUGAAGCUGCAAAAAUGAGUAAUUCCCAAGGAGAUGGUGAACCUUUUGUACAGCCAUCUGCAGAAGUUAAAGUGCAUUUUGCUAAUCAGUCAGUACAACCCAUGGGAAGAAAGAUGGAGCUGUUGCCUGAAGCAUCCUCCCUCCCACAGAAAGGUCUGAAGAUCCCUGGUUUAGAACACUCAAGCAUGGAAGGACCAAUAGCAAAUUUGUCAGCACUUGGAACAGAAGAGUUACGGCAACGAGAGCACUAUCUCAAGCAGAAGAGAGACAAGCUGAUGUCCAUGAGAAAGGAUAUGAGGGCAAAACAUAUCCAGAAUACUGAGCAAAAGGGAAAGCCUACCAGGGAGGUGGAGGAAAUGACAGAGAAGCCAGAAAUGACAGCAGAGGAGAAACAAACAUUACUAAAGAGGCGAUUGCUUGCAGAGAAACUUAAAGAAGAAGUUAUUAAUAAGUAAUAUGAAGAGUUAGCGAAACAGAAGCCCACAUUUUCUUAAAAAUAAAGUAUUUAAUCCUCAAAGACAGUUUCAAGCAAAUACCUGCUUUUCUAAAUGCAACCAUAAGCUCACUAUUAUUAUUUUAAACAGGUAAAGAGCAAAAGAGGGAAGGCAGUUUAGCAGAAAUUUCUGCAUAGAACCAGGUAUGGUGGUGCAUGCCUAUACUCCUAGCACCAGGAACAGUUCAAGGUCAUCCUCAAUGACACAGUAAAUGGGAAGACAGCCUAGGUUACACAAACCUGUCUCACAUAACUCAAAUAAAGAAAUAAUAAAACAAA